CAUUCAAGACUUAUUAACCAGCCAAGUAACUUGAUCUGAACGAACAAGCUAGCCACUGCUAGCUACACGCGUUAAUUUGCUGCAUAUGCGCCUGUGUUGGUUUGGCUGCAAUGUCUGCCAGUGAAUGGUCGAACUAGAGGAUGGAUCUUCCGUUUUAAAAUACAAACGCCUCGAACCAUCCAAUGACAACCUGUCAAUAUCCACGGGGUUCUAGUGCUUCGCAGCAGUAUGUCCGUGUCCGUCAUAAUAAAGUGGGGUGGGCAGGAAUACACCAUCAGCACGUUGUCCGAAGAGGACACCGUGCUGGACCUCAAACAGUCCAUCAAAUCUUUGACGGGCGUUCUCCCAGAAAGACAGAAACUGCUGGGAUUGAAAGUCAAAGGUAAACCAGCUGAAGAUGACAUCAAACUGGGUACACUGAAGCUGAAGCCGAACACCAAGAUUAUGAUGAUGGGGAGUCGAGAGGAGAGCCUGGAAGAUGUUUUGGCCCCUCCCCCAGAAAAUGAUGAUGUCAUCAAUGAUUUUGACAUUGAAGAAGAGGUUAUAGAGGUAGAGAACAGGGAGGAGAACUUGGCAAAGAUCGCCAGACGUGUAAAAGAUUACAAAGUGGAAGAAAUGAACCCACCAAGAGAAGGAAAACGGCUCCUGGUGUUGGAUGUGGACUACACAUUGUUUGACCACAAGUCAUGUGCAGAGACGGGGCAGGAGCUGAUGAGGCCCUUCCUGCACGAGUUCCUCACCGCCGCGUAUGAGGACUAUGACAUCGUCAUCUGGUCUGCCACAAGCAUGAAGUGGAUCGAUGCUAAAAUGAUGGAGCUGGGAGUGACGGACAACCCAAACUACAAGAUCACCUUCAUGCUGGACAGCGCAGCCAUGAUCACAGUGCAUACGCCCAAGAGGGGGGUGGUGGAGGUGAAACCACUGGGAGUAAUAUGGGGCAAGUACGGCGAGUUCUACAACAAGAAGAACACCAUCAUGUUCGACGACAUCGGCCGAAACUUUCUCAUGAACCCCCAGAAUGGGCUGAAGAUUCGUCCGUUCAUGAAAGCGCACUUAAACCGCGAAAAAGACAAGGAGCUCUUCAAACUCUCUCAGUAUCUGAAGGAGAUUGCCAAGCUGGAGGACUUUUCAGGACUCAACCACAAACACUGGGAAAGGUACCUGUCCAAGAAGCAGAGCCAGUAGAGCGCACCCCUGUGGCCCUGGAGUGUGUGUGCGCGCGGUUCCCCCCCUUCACCAAGCGGCAGUGCUGGACACUUGAGCCGACGCCAGGCACCCACAGUUCGGCUGACCCCACCCGUCCCCGAAACCCCCCACGACCGCCCGGUCGAGUAUGUUCUGUGAUUUCAUAACGCUGUGCGGUUUACAUCAGCGGGGUGUAAGCUCGCCCAUCCGCCUCCGAUUCGCGCACACUCACUCCUGCAGUACUUCAUGGGUCGCCGUGCGAGGGUUUUUUUGCGACUGCUGCGGUUGGGUUCAGCCCAACCGCCUCUCCGCUUUUCGUACAUCCAGAAGGUUCUCUCGGUCCCCUGUCUAGCAUAGCCUCUGUUAAUUCCCACCCCCCAAUCCAACCAUCCACACAGGAGAAGCACUCCUUCUCUCACUUCACCACUCCAGAACUUUCCAUCAUUCUGAAAUCGGUCUUCACCUCGAUUCUUGGUGAGACGGCGACAUAUUUUUCUGUACGUUAUCCCUCGUAAUCCUUUGUCAAAUCAUCUUUGUCAAGCCCUGUCAUUUCCUCACAGGAAGUACAGUAAAUUAUGGGGUUAUCUGUGCAGUGUAGUUGGCUGAAAAUUUCAUUUCUUUAAAAAAAAUGCCUGCUUCGUUGGAUGACUCUUUGAUUUUGAAGGAUUGAGGGGAGUGUUCAAGUGCUUUACCCAACAGGAGCGGGGUUCACAGAGACCAUUCUGAGAGCUAGGAGAGAGGCCAGAUAUAGUACUGUAACAUCAAACCAAAUGCCCUGGUCAAACACUAUACAAAGUAGACUUGUUUCAAAUGCGAAGCCUUUAUGAAGCAUGUGUUAGGUCUUCAUUGUCAGAAAACAACAUUUUCAUGACUAAUUUGCACGUAUUUGUAAGUUGAAAGGACAGAAGAUUGACCUCAAGGCAUUGUGCUUAAUACAUUAUCUGUAAAGAUGUAUUGACACCUUAACUAAGUAUCUACACAUUCUUGACAAAGGCUUAAGGAAUAGAUAUUUUGAAUAAAUUGUGACCAGUACCUUUGGAAAGUUCUUGCAUUUGUCUUGUGUCUUUUCCCCCAAUUUCUGGCUCAGAUUUUGUGUUAGCUGAUGUGUUUCUAAGUUAUUGUAAUUUCGGAAGCGAUCAUAAACUGGCUUAAUGCUAUGGCUUUCUUCUUUUUGGAUUGUGUAACUGAAAGAUGAUAGUUUCCUCCCGUUGAUGAAAGCGGUUUCGGAUUCCCCUUGACGGUAUUCUUUUUAUAUUUUGUGGAUCUUCUGUGUUUUUGUAAGACAAACGUUCUAAUUGAUUUGUGAGGUUAUUUUUUGCUUUUGGAGGGAAUUUGUGCUUUGUUGAAACUGACAUAGUAAACUUUGUAGAACGUUGUUUUUUUGUUUUGUGUUUUUACACGAAAUGCAUUGUUUUAAGGACGGCAUUCAAAAUCUAGCAGAUCGUGAGUAUUCUGGGUAAGGUUCUCAGGAAAGAUAUGCCCCUUCUUUCGCGUUUUCGCGUGUAUGUGUUUUAAAAGGUACAAAGCUGCAGCUGAGUUCGAAAGAAAAAAAACCUACCGCUGACACCAUUUCCUGUGAGACAGGAGAGUGGUAGCAUAACUGACUGUAGAAAACGGCGUCUUGAGUAUAGUUCUGUUUACAGACCGUGUGUGGCUAUCUGUCUGUCUGCUAGCAGAUGCCUGCUCCCACUACACGUGUGACCCUCGCCCAUGCCGAUUGGACGCUACGUUUCAUGGGCGGUUGGAUGAAUUUGCGCAAGUUGUCACAGGCUCGUAGUCGCCCCUAGGUCAAAAUAUACAUUUGAGAGCUGCUGUCACACAUGUAUCCUUUAGGGCAGGGUUGGCCUAUCUUAUCCCAAACGGACCAGUGUGGGUGCAGCUUUCUGUUUUAGCUCAGCACUCCGACACCUCGUUCCACCAAUUAACUAAUAAUGGUCUUCAACCAAGACUUAAAUGAGGAGUCUUUGUGCCGGGCUUAUACAAAAUCCUGAACCCACACCAGCCCUUUUUGGAUAAGAUUUGACAUCCCUAAUUUAUGGACCAGCCAUUCCCUAAUAAUUCCGAACUGGAUAACUGCGUCUCUGUCAUGAUCAUGUGCAUUUAUCGAGCGGUUGACUGAAGUUAGCGAGCUGUUUAAACUCCGCAAAAAUGUGCACUAUGAAAUAAACACGCUGCUUGUAGUUCGCUUGACACCCUGUCGCUCUUCUCAUUGUGUCCCUAGUAUAUUAACAACUGUUUCACUGAGGCAAGCAAACGAAACAAAAACAAAUGUACGUGUCUUGCACUUAUGUUUUUUUGUGUCUCACGCAUUUCGUGUGAACCCAUGCCAGUCGCCCUCCAUUUUCUCAGAGCUACAGUAGCGUAAACAGAGCAAAGUCUAUGGGAGUUUUGGAGCCUUUAAGUUCACUGAAGCAGCGUUCGGUUACAAAAGCUGUUCUCUGGAUCCGGGCGAAAAUGUGCACAUUCCAGACAUCGCCUGAGCUGAAGGAUCUGUAAGAUUUCACUCCUGCAUCGUCAAAUAUCAAAGUGGUAUUCGCUGACUGACUGGUUUGUUUUGUAGCUCGUCGUGCUCUAACGCCACUACCAAAGUUCGCCACAAACUGACUUUAUGUAAAACUGCUAUUUAAGUCCUAACCAGAGUGCUCCGUGUCCAUUCUGAAACAUUGUCCUCCUUCCUGUUACAUCAAUCCAUGCAGAUGUGAACACAUGUACAUAUGCUACUUAUGGGGGCAUAUCCUGACUGUAAAUAAAAAAAAUAUCAAUCUUUUUA